AUGUCAUCCUUAUCAGAAAUAGAGAAACGAUAUUGCUAAAUUCAAAAAUUAGAAAUCAUGAUUGUAGAUUUAAAAUCAUCAACAAAAACAGAAGAUAAGUAUUUAUGUGCAAAGCGUCUAUACUAAAAAAUAGAUAAUUAAAACUUUGCAUUACUUAUAGAGACUAUUGACAUGAUUUAAGAUAUGAAGAUUUAAGCUUUGAGAGUUAACAAGAGGAAAACUAGAAUAGACUUAAUAAUAUGA